GUCACGCUUGCGCCGAUUGGGAGCGGAGACCGCGCAGGCGCGGCGGAGCAGCCUUGAGGCGGUUGGUAGCGGGGAGGCGCGGCGGCAGGGGGUUCGACUCUUGACUGCAAGGGUCUGGAAGACUUCUUGCGCCUUCAGUCAUGAAUGUAACCAAAGGUGGCCUGGCGCUGUUCAGUGCCAACUCAAAUACAGCCUACGCAGAGUUGGCCAGGAAGAUUUCAGAGCGACUUGGCGUAGAACCGGGUAAAGUUCAAGUCUACCAAGAAGCUAACAGAGAAACAAGAGUACAGAUUCAAGAGUCUGUCAGAGGAAAAGAUGUGUUUAUUAUUCAGACUGUUUCAAAGGAUGUCAACACCACCAUUAUGGAACUCCUUAUUAUGAUCUAUGCCUCUAAGACCUCAUGUGCCAAGAACAUCAUUGGUGUAAUCCCUUACUUUCCAUACAGCAAGCAAUGUAAGAUGAGGAAACGAGGCUCUAUUGUGUCUAAGCUUCUGGCGUCAAUGAUGUGUAAAGCUGGCUUGACUCACCUGAUUACAAUGGAUUUGCAUCAGAAAGAAAUCCAGGGAUUUUUCAAUAUUCCAGUUGAUAAUCUGCGAGCGUCCCCAUUCCUGUUACAAUACAUUCAGGAAGAGAUCCCUGACUACAGGAACGCAGUGAUUGUUGCCAAGUCACCAGCAUCUGCCAAAAGAGCACAGUCUUUUGCUGAGCGGUUGCGCCUAGGAAUUGCAGUGAUACACGGUGAAGUACAAGACGCAGAGUCGGAUUUGGUAGAUGGCCGACAUUCGCCACCGAUGGUGAAAAAUGCAGCAGCCAUACAUCCCAGUCUGGAGAUUCCCAUGUCAAUUCCAAAGGAAAAACCCCCAAUCACAGUUGUUGGAGAUGUAGGAGGAAGAAUUGCUAUUAUUGUGGAUGACAUAAUUGAUGAUGUUGAUAGCUUUUUAGCGGCUGCAGAUACAUUGAAGGAGAGGGGAGCUUACAAAAUCUAUGUAAUGGCAACCCAUGGUCUUUUGUCUUCAGAUGCACCUAGAUUAAUAGAAGAAUCAUCAAUUGAUGAGGUAGUAGUAACCAAUACCAUCCCACAUGAAAUACAGAAACUUCAGUGCCAUAAAAUAAAGACCGUUGAUAUCAGCAUGAUCUUGUCCGAGGCGAUUCGAAGAAUCCACAAUGGCUUCUUCCACCUCUCAACUGGAGUGGAAGCAAGUCAUCCUCGAUCCUGAGGGACUACCCAGAAGAAAAUCUUUAUAUAAAAGAAGCAAAUGGAAAAGGCAGCAUUGUGUGGGAAUUGCUGGCCGUGGAAGAAACUAGGAACUUUCAACCAGCUUGCAUCCUUAGUAAGGGGGAUAAAAGUAUAAUCCUACAGUUGACUUCAGGAUAUCCUCAAGAGGAACUGACCACUGAAAAUUUCUACCUUUCAAGUGAAACUGUUCCAUCAAGUAGUGGAAUGAGAAAAUGUGCAUCCUGCUCUUCUUAAUGCUACCCAGUUCAUCAUGAGCAGUGCUAUGAGGGUUUGGUUUCUUUAAAAAAAAUGGUUAACCCACUGGUCCAGUAUCCAGAGUCAAAAGCUAAAGAAUUACAUUUUUGUAUUAAGAUGGAAGUAAUAUUUUUAUUGUGUCAAUGAAUAGAAGUUGUCAUUUAUACCAAAAUCAAAAUGUUGAUCUAGCUGGUAGUUGGAGCUUAAGCCUCUGACUUUUAAAACUAGGAAUACUGACUUAUCUGAUCAUUUGUUCUCAGGUUUGCUGCCUGCUGCUUAUCAGGUCUCUUACCUGAUUUGAGUUGCAUGUUGGAUUAUAGCGUGGUGUGCAAACUGUUACUUCAUGUAAAACUCAAUUUAUUGGUGUAUGUUUCUUAAGAGCCAUGCUGGUGCAUACAGAGUUAUGAUUAAUAUUUAAAAGAAUGCUAAAUCCAAUAGUUACUACAAUGUUUUCUAACUUUAUUUUCCACAGUUUGCCUUGUUUUGAGAUUAGCUGUUAGUCACUGACAAGAUUUUUUGUAAAUUAGUUUCACCUUGAAGUAUUUUCAGUCUUUUUAAAGUCUGUAGUGAGUUUGUUCUUUUUAUUUGAUUUUUUUUUUCGCUUUGUGACUUCUGUGGAUGCAGCCCAAAUUUGGCGGUUUUAAGCAUAGAAAAUAGCACUCAAUUAGGUUUCAAGAAACUAGGCUGCAUGUACUGCAUGAAAAUAAAUGUUUAGAGGUACAAUUUUUCACGUUAAUGCAACAGGAAAUGUAACAGAUUAAACAAUUGUAGUGUCUGUAUAACCUAUAGGGAUGGAAUUUGCCAGCUUUUGUAAAUAACCUUCAGGUUUAAAUAAUAAAAGGAUUUCAGGUUAAUGGUCAGGUGACCAUUAAGGCAGGUAAACUUUUCGUGUGCACGUGGGCUAACAGUGCUGAAGAGCAGACUCCAGUGAUUGUGCCAAAGCUGCCUCUUGUCUCCACUGGAGAAUCCCAAACCUGUGUAUCUCCUUGGACUCUCAGAAUGUCAUCAUCUGUGUCCUGAUCCAAUUUUAUAACUAUCUUGUUUGUGUUAACCAACUUUGGAUGGCUGUACAUCAGAUGUUUAUCAGCAUUCUUCUUGAGACAAUUAUCUAGUAAUUAUAUUGCUGUAAUCAUUAGAAGUGAUCAAGCAUUACCGAGUAGCAGCUUGUAUAUUAAAUCUAUGAGGAAACUUGAAUAUUACUUAUUUUUAACAAUUCCACACCCGAUACACUUGAGAAACAUUCAUUCCAAGAACUGGUUUUAUCAUAUACUUGUGACAAAGAUGGGGGCCAUAAAGUCUGUACCAGCUUCCAGAGAGACCCAUUCCCCUACAUUUCACUGUACCCCUGCAAAUGAUUUUCCUCUUGGGUAUGCCCAUCGAUUUUUUUUUUCCCCUCUGAUUCUUUCUGCCAUUUAACCUCGCCAAAGAUGUAAUAGUACAUAACCACUUCAUCUACCAGCUUUGGGAUGUGGUUGGAAACAAGAGGCAAUCCAGGGGAAAUCUUACCAUCACAGGGAGAAUGAGCAAUCCACAUAGGCAGUGCCUGAGGUCGGGAUUGAAUCCAGGUCUCUGCUCGAGUGACAAUAAUUGCUGAGCCAUCACACUGUCUUGGUGAAACAUAUUUGAUGCCACAUUUUCAGUAUUUUAAAUGUUCUAAUUAAUAAUUAGCAGAGAUGGUGCAUGAGGCCAGAGGAGGACAUUUUUCAAUUUUUAAAUUUAUUUUUAUUAUCUGAUUGGAUCAAAAUGUGUCAAUUUAGAGGUAGUUUUACAAAUACUGCAUUUUGUUUUCUUUAAUUUGAGCCAGUUUGUAUUGUGAGUAGUACUGUUUAUCAGGAAAGCUUGAAGGGCUUGCUGAACUGUUACUGUAGUAUCAUCAAUAGUGAAGGUCAUUAAUUCAGGGGCUUUGAAGCUUCAUUUUAGCUACCAAGCUGUUUUUAUGCACAUCCAGACAAUUUGACCAAUGUGAUUGCUACUUGUUAAUGUUAAAAAUCAAAAUAUAAAAUUGGGGAGAAGUUAUUGUUGUUGAAUGUUUUAUUUUCAUUGACAAUUUGCAAUGGGACUCCGCUGAAAAACAAAUUGAGGUUGUUCAUAUUCU